AUGUGGAUACACAGGGAACUCACUACCUACAUUAAGCUGAUGCUGGUCAGCCUAUAUGACUGGUUUUGGAAGGACCAAUAUUGGCUCCCUAAACAAUACACAUGGGCUGAUUUGGAAGAUACAGAUGAGGAAAUAUACCCUCACCCCAAGGACUUGUUAGCAGUUAUUCCAUUAAUAUUUGUCAUAAUAAUUGUCAGAUAUAGCUUUGAGAGGGCUAUUGGGUUGCCCCUGAGCAGGUUGAUGGGUGUGUAUGAUGGACGCAGGAUCAAGGCUUUCCACAACUCCACCCUGGAGUCAUUUUUCUGUACCCAGUGUCAAAAUCCAAAAGAGGCUCAGCUGAAUCACCUAGCCACCCAAUGCAACCUCUCUAUGAGGCAGGUUCAGCGCUGGUUUCGAAACCGGAGAAAUCAAGAGCGACCAUUACCAAGCAAAAAAUUCACUGAAGCUUGUUGGAAAUUUACAGUUUAUAUUUCUUCUUUCUUUGGUGGCUUAUUCAUCCUCUAUGAUGAACCAUGGUUUUGGGAUGCUGAAAUGUGCUGGCAUGGAUUCCCUAAGCAGAUUCUGAAACCUUCCAUAUAUUGGUGGUAUCUCCUGGAGUUUGGCUUUUAUAUAUCCCUGCUGUUCACCUUACCCUUUGAUGUAAAAAGAAAGGACUUUGUAGAGCAGGUCAUCCACCACUUUUCUGCCAUCAUCUUGAUCUACUUCUCUUAUUGUGCCAACUACAUACGCAUUGGGACCCUGGUGAUAGUGAUACAUGAUGUGUCUGAUAUCUUCUUGGAGGCAGGCAAGGUUCUUCAUUACGCACAAAGGAAGCAUGCGUGUGAUAAGAUCUUCAUCAUCUUUACUAUGACAUUCUUCAUUACACGACUCAUUGUCUUCCCUUCCAAAGUCCUCUACACUACUUACUAUAGUUCCAUGGUCAACCAUGAGCCCUUCUUUGGAUACUACUUCACGAAUGCCCUCCUGAUGACUCUUCAGGCUCUCCAUGUUUUCUGGUCAUACCUCAUUCUUUGCAUGUUGUUAAGAUUUGUUCAGUUUGGCAAGUUGGAGCAGGAUGUGAGAAGUGAUGUAGAAGAACAAGACACCAGUGAUGAGCAGUCCAAUACAGAAGAACAAAAGAGCAAGAGGCUCCAGUCCAGUGAUGUCCCAGACACUUACAACCUUCCUCGGGCCCGGGGUGCCAGGAGGACUGGUCCCAACUAA